UUGUGAAGAAUUCGAAGGCUUCUACAAACCAACAGAAUACUGCCCCUGCGUUUUGAGAGACUACCUUUGCAGUAAUGGUAUCCGUUGAAAGCGAGGACGUUCUUAUCAUAAAUUGUGACGAUACGUUCCCGCUGGAUUCUGUGCAUGAGUUGGUCGAAAAAUCGUCUCAAGCUACGGGCAUUAAAACGAGAAUCAAACGUACACGUUUUCAGCUGUCAGAUUUGAAAGAAACCAGCGAGAAGGUGAAAAGCGAAAGGGAGGAGAAAGGAAAACUUCUGUGCGCCAUUCUUGUUCUCCACGCCCACGAGUCUCGUCUUUCAGUAAACGAGAAGAACGCAGGUAUCGGCUACGCCGUUCUCUACAGGGCUCUACGAGAGGCCUCCGAAGGGAGAACACUUGUUGUGGUUGGUGGAGACGAGUCCUCAAGAGCCGAUAGAAAGGUGGUCUCCGAUCGAAUCCGCUACAAAGUUGCAUCACAGUUCGACGAUGAGUAUCUCGAUGGCAGAAGGGGCUUUGUGUUCUCCUGGGGGGAAAACUAUUAUCCCGUACAUGAAGAAGCUUUUAAUCAGUACCUACACGCAAUAGGAAGUGGAGAAAAGGGCUUAAAACGGGCAUUUGCACCUACCACCCACUUCAAAACAACCGAUCAAGAGGAGAACGACGCGGCUGAGGCACAAAAGAUAUCAGAAGAUGGACACACGUCAGUGGCAAGUGAUUCCAAAAACAGUUUGAAGCAACACGCCGAAACAGGAGAGCCAAAAGAUAAAGAGAACUCUAUGGCGACUUUUCAAUCCGAUGUCAGCUCUUUGACCCCAGAUCAAUCACACGCGUCUACGUCUCGAGAAAAAGGUGACAAUGAAGACAUGCCAGCACAGCCAAAAGAUACAGCAUCAUCAGACUGCCAAAUGGGGAUUGAAAAAGAGUUGAAGAAUGCAACUCACGAUACAUCCACGACAGCAAUGAAACCCCGAGCCCAAAAUGCCCCAAAGGGCUCGCCAUCAAAUGAGACACACCAAAAGUACCCACCAACGGAGGAGAGACACCAAAAGUACCCACCAAAGGAGGAGAGACACCAAAGGCACCCACCAACGGAGGAGAGACACCAAAAGUGCCCAGGAUCAGAUGACAUACAGAGACAUGAGAUUGAAAAACGGUUGUCAAAACGCAUACAGGAAUUUGAUCAGAGGUACCCAGAAAGUCAACCUAAACUUUUUGGAGUGCUCAGAAAUGGAAAGUUGGAUAAGAAGAAUGCCUAUAUUCUUGAUGAGAAAGAUCCUACAUUUAUCGUCCCUCCUUACAUGGAGGAAGUAGUUUUUAUGGAAAAAAGGAACACUCCUGAGGUGGACGUGAUUGUCUACAUAGAUCCCAAAGACGACGGUGCAAUCAGUUUCAAGUACUGGGAAGUUAACGUUCCUGCCCAUUCAGGGAAACAUUUCUUCACAUACCUUUUGAAAAUCAAAUCUCUCUGCCACCAACCCACUGUGAAGGCCUUUGUGUGUUUACAUGUUUUCCCUUCAUCACCUGGACGAUAUCUAAUGAAUAAGUAUAUAGCUAGCAACCAUUUUUAA